AUGUCUGGCCACCCGUACUCCCGUGAGCAGGCUGGAAUGAAUAGUCACCCGCAAAACGAGCCAAUACGAGUCCCGAGUCGUUCGCAGCUGGAACAGCCGCGGAUUCCCAGCCCAUCCCAGCAUGCUAUGCCAAGCAUGACGGGCCAUGGGCUGAGAGAGCAGCAGCGAAUUCCAAGCCCGUCUCAGCACGGAUUACCUCCUAUGUCGUCGCACAGUCUACACGAACAGCCGCGAAUUCCUAGCCCAGCUCAACACGGCCUCCCUCCCAUGGCAGGUCACGGUCUACGGGAGCAGCAGCCCCGGAUACCCAGCCCUAACCAGCACGGCCUAACCUCCAUGGGUAGUCACAACCUUCAUGAGCAGCCCAGAGUCCCGAGCCGGACCCACUUGGAUCAGUCCCGUAUCCCAAGUCCCGCACAGCACGACCACCCGGAAAUGUCUACGCACUCUAACCAUGGCCAGCCCAGGAUAGGCGGCCAUGCUCAGGCAGAGUCCACAAGACCAGCCCAGGAUGUCCGGUCACACAUCCCACGAGCAGCUCAGGAUGUCCCAUCAUAA